CCAAGCCGAGCUCCAAAGCUACGGUUUUUUUUUCUCUUUCUUUCUCAGCUUCUUCUCCAACUCCUCUCUCUUCUUCUUCCUCUAGUCCUCUCCUGCCUGCUUCGUCUACUCCUCUCCCAACUCCGAUCCCCUCCUCUCCGCGCUCCCGGUGGCCGGACCCGUCCGGCGACGACGAUGAGCCGCUCGCCGGCACGGCGCCCUGCUCAGAUCUGAAGAGCUGCGAGAAUCCGAGGCUUCUCUUGCUGGUUUAGCUCCGGCGGCGGCGGCGGCGGCGGCGAUGGAGGAGGAGGUGGAGGCGGCGAACAGGGCGGCGGUGGAGAGUUGCCACAGGGUGCUGGCCUUGCUGUCGCAGCAGCAGGACCCUGCGUUGCUCAGGAGCAUAGCUUCAGAGACAGGAGAGGCCUGUGCCAAGUUCAGGAAGGUGGUCUCCCUCCUCGGCAAUGGCGGCGGCGGCGGCGGCGGCGGCGGCGGUGGUGGACAUGCUAGAGGCAGGAUGGCCGGGAGAAGCAGGCCUUCGGCGGUGCUGAGAGAGAAGGGAUUCUUGGAGAGCAGCAGCGGCGGCGGCCAGCUGGGGAUGAUGAUGUCCGGUGCUGCCACUCCGUCUACUAGCUCCGCCGCGCAUUUGCGCAACCGGAUUGGCGGAGGCAGCGGCGUGCCACCGGAUUCGUUGCGGGGGCUCGAUUUGGUCAGCUCGAGCAGCAAGGGUGGUGCUCAUCAGUUCGAUCCUCCGAAGCUGGUGCAGCCGUUGUCGGUUCAGUUCCAGUUCGGCGCUACCGCGCAUAGGUACCCGUUCCAGCAGCAUCAGCAUCAGCAGAAGUUGCAGGCUGAGAUGUUCAAGAGGAGCAACAGCGGGAUCAGCCUUAAGUUUGAUAGCCCUAGUGCCACCGGGACGAUGUCGUCGGCGUUCAUGUCGUCGCUUAGCAUGGACGGCAGCGUGGCUAGCUUGGAAGGGAAGCCGCCGUUCCAUUUGAUCAGCGGCCCGGUCGCGAGCGACCCGGUGAACGCUCACCAUGUGCCCAAACGGCGGUGCACGGGGAGAGGGGAGGAUGGAAGUGGCAAGUGUGCCACAACCGGAAGGUGCCAUUGCUCAAAGAGGAGGAAGUUGCGAAUUAAGAGGUCAAUUAAAGUGCCCGCCAUUAGCAACAAAAUAGCAGACAUACCUCCAGAUGAAUACUCAUGGCGAAAGUAUGGUCAGAAGCCGAUUAAGGGUUCGCCUCAUCCAAGGGGUUACUACAAAUGUAGCAGCGUCCGGGGCUGCCCAGCGAGGAAGCACGUCGAGCGGUGCGUAGACGACCCGGCGAUGCUCAUCGUGACGUAUGAAGGUGAGCAUAACCAUACUCGGCUGCCAACACAGUCAGCCCAGACCUAGGAAACCUGUAGUAUUUCACGCGAGCCAUUCAGAAAAUGCAGAGGCUCCAAGCUUUUGCUCGGGGACGGUCGGACCGGUCAUGUGAAAGUAGGUCAGCAAACUGUGAAAGUAGGAGUAACAAACAGGGAAGCCAUCUGAUGAGAGCUAUAGUGAUUCGCUUGGGUCCUUAACUGAGCUACAAGCCAUGUCGCAUUUCUGCUAUGGUCUCAAUGUUCUACUGUCCAAAGUGGGGACAUACACAACUUGUUCUCUCUUUUAUGAGCUAUGGCACUAUCAGAUUAAGAGAGAAUGGAGGAAGAACAUGUGAUUGGAUAGUGACCGGCAAGAUUUGCUCAAAGAAGGGAGGGAUUAGGUUUGAAGAUUUCAAAGGAAGAUUGACAAAAGGAAGUGAACAACUGAAACAUCGUGUAAGCCUGGAAAAGGAUAAGCAGGAUUUGGCUUUUAGCGUGCACAAGUUUACUUGCAAUGACUUGCCUCUGUAUGUUGCUUUUGCUUUAUUGAAAGAUCAAAAUUUUCUUUUGGCAGAAGAAUCAUUCAGCAUUAAAGCUGUUUCUACUUGCUAACAUACUGACACACUUGGACCAUCAGGGUUUUUUUUUCCAGGUGUUAGCUGUUGGGUAUGAUUUCUCAGUCGUACUUCUGCUUUUGUGUAAAGCAUUCCAUGUUAUGUUAAUGACUUUGACAUCAACUGCUAUCCUGAGGUUCUUUAAAA